AAGGUAAGAGGCGUUUUCCUUUUUUGCUUAUGAGCUCUCUCCUCUCUCUCUCUUGAAGAAGAAGAAAAUGGAGAGAGAGAGAGAUAGAAGACUCCCCUGUCAAGCCAGAAGGAGGAGGAAGGAAGGAUCUGAUCAAGCCCAGCGAUGGCAGCAACGGGAAGGCCGGCGAUGGCGUCGACGGAAGGUCUGCCAUGGACGCCGACGAUGGUUUCGACGACGACGACUAAGGAUGCGGUGGUUAGGCCACUUGCAGAGUUGGAUUUUGAGGCCUUGCAGAACAUUCUACCCGAGCUUCCUUUAUGGGUGAAAUGCCCGGACUAUGAACGAGUGGACUGGUUGAACAAGUUUCUCUUGGACAUGUGGCCUUACCUUGAUAAGGCCAUUUGUUCUAUAAUUAGAACCACUGCACAACCUAUCUUCAAGGAGUAUAUUGGGAAGUAUGGCAUUGAAGCCAUUGAGUUUGAGCAUCUGACACUUGGAACUCUUCCUCCCACACUUCAUGGUCUCAAAGUGUUCGACACAAAUCAAAAUGAUUUAGUCCUGGAACCAGCAGUUAGGUGGGCUGGCAAUCCCAACAUAACUUUGGUGUUGAAAUUGAAGUCAUUAGCCGUUACUGUUCAGCCUCAUGUAGACUUUGGGCUGAGGAUUCUUGGAGGGGAUGUCAUGUCCAUACCCGGUCUUUAUAGAUUUGUUCAGGAAACCAUAAAAAAGCAGGUGGCAAGCAUGUACCUUUGGCCCCAGACGCUUGAAAUACCCGUCCUUGAUCCUUCAACAGUGGUUGUGAAGAAGCCAGUAGGGCUGCUGCAUGUGAAGGUCAUGCGGGCGAUGAAACUGAUGAAGGCUGAUAUCAUAGGAACCUCCGAUCCCUAUGUGAAGCUCAGUUUGAGCGGAGAGGAUCUACCUACAGUUAAAAAGACCUCAAUCAAGAAGCACAAUCUGAAUCCAGUAUGGAAUGAGAACUUCAGGCUUAUUGUUAAGGACCCCGGUUCUCAACUUCUUCAACUUCACGUGUAUGGUUGGGAUAAGGUUGGUGGCCAUGACACAUUGGGGAUGCAAGUUGUACCCUUGAAAACACUCACUCCACAAGAGACAAAGCAACUAACUCUGGACUUGCUCAAGAGCACCGACGCAUCUGAUCCUCGCGACAAGAAGCAACGAGGCAGAAUCAUGGUGGAGCUGACCCUCGUGCCUUUCAAGGAAGACAGUUCCAUCUCAGGCCGCUUGGAUCAAAUAAAUGGCAGCAGGAAAGGAAGUGGGAAAGGAAGCGAGCUUGUGGACAACGAUGACGAUCCAUUCAAUGGAUCAGGUUUGCUUUCAGUGACAGUACAAUCAGCAGAGGAUGUAGAUGGAGAGAGCCAUAACAACCCUUAUGCUACCCUGCUCUUCAGGGGAGAAAGAAAAAGAACCAAGAUGAUCAGGAAAACCCGCGAUCCACGUUGGAACGAGGAGUUCCAGUUCAUGAUCGACAGUACAUCAAUUUUCUGUAACUUGAUGGAUUCAGUAGUGCAGAUUGAAGAUGAUCUCAAGGUUCGUCUAGCUGAGUAUAAUAAUGUUCGCAGGCAGCUCAAUGCUAUUAAUCGCAAGCAAAGUGGCAGCUUGGCUGUUCGCGAUCUGUCCAGUUUGGUGAAACCUGAAGAUAUAAUUUCCUCUGAACAUCUCAUAACCCUUCUGCCAGUUGUCCCCAAGUAUUCACAGAAGGACUGGUUGGCUAGCUAUGAAACUCUGACUAAUUAUGUGGUUCCAAGGUCGUCCAAGAAGCUGUGUGAAGAUAACGAAUAUGCUCUCUACACUGUAACACUAUUCCGUCGUGUGGCAGACAAUUUCAGAACAACUUCUCGGGAGAAGGGGUUCCAAGUUAUCUCUUUCGUUUUUCAGAUUCGCUUGGCACAAAGCUCCCAUCUUUCUAUAUUUUUUCCCGACAAAUCCGAUCUCUUUUCUGGUGGUCAGUCCAUGAAGGCAAUGGAAGGAACCUCCCCAAUGAUGACAGGCAAGAGAGCUUAUUCUUUAGCAUGGGGUUUGCAGUAUGUGAAUCUUUUCAUGAUCAGAACUGGUUAUAUCAUCUUAGUUGGCCAGGCUCUUAAGGGGAAGCUGUAUCUGUCGUUGCUGGGGAAGAGGAGGCGAUGGAAUGGAGGAUAGUGCAAAUAAUGACAAUUUUGCAUGGUGUGUGAUAGAAUGUUAAUAUAUGCGGAAUUUCAAG